ACAACUCGUCCGUACAACUCUCCUGCACAUCAUUACUAAUCCUCACUUCCGAUUUCCGCAGCCACGGUCUCAUUAUGGCACCCCAGCAGCCCACACGCACCCAACGCAGAAGCACCGAGGGCCAAGCUCACGACAGCAGACGUACCCGAGGUACUAUGUCCUACCGUUGCCGAGUCUGCCGAGGCGUCCAUCCUCUUAGGAAGUGCGGGCGGUUCCUGCGGCUAAGCGCUGAAAAGCGGUUGCGGGCAGCACUCAUCAAUCAGUACUGCCCCAACUGCCUAGCCCAUGAGCACUCGGGACGCGACUGCCGCAGCGGAGACCGGUGUCGGCAUUGCCACAAGCACCACCACACCCUCCUGCAUAUCCCGGACACAAAUCGUCGUCGCCCCACAUCCGUCACACCAUCCUCACCAGCUGGACCUCGAGCUCCGACGACGACAUCCUCCGCCUCCCGCCGACCUCGAACGCGGGACACAGCGACUGAUCGACGGCCUACUCCUCCGAGGACUUCGGCAUCCUCCUCCAGCCGACCUCCGACUCUGACCACACUGCUGCAGCACCGCAACCCGCAGGUACUACCGACCGCAAGCGUCACCGUCGACAACGGGACCACCACCUAUGAGACCAGGGCGUUGAUCGACCCCUGCCGCCCCAUGUCAGCGAUCAACGCGUCGCGGGCCAAGGCCUUCCAUUUGCGCACGUCCAGGAUCGGGGAUGAAGAAGCCUGUGCAGCAGUGCUCCGGUCACCGAUGUCCCCGGACUUCCAGUUGGAGGUCGAGCAAAUUCAAUCACCUAACGUUGGCAGACGACAACUUUCAUUGCCCGGCCACUGUGGCUCUCAUUCUGGGAGCGGACGUGUAUGGUGACGUCAUCCGCGAUGGAAUGCUGCCGAGUGCCGAGGGGCUCCCCGUUGCACAGCACACCGUCUUCGGGUGGACGCUGUCGGGCGGGUGCCGGCCGUAAAGCAUUUCUGCAGCAUUGGACUUCCCAUAAGUUGCAAUACAUUGCAAAGGGGGGCGGGAUGUUGGCGUUCGACCCCCAGCGUUCCCAACCAAUCACUAAGCCACGGCCUCACCGGGUUUUUAUAUACCUUGCGGGGGAGUUGGAGAAGAUUGAGGGAUCACGAAAAAUGAAAUGUAAAAGUCAUGCUUGGAAUAAAACGUAUCUUGAAUAGACAUACUUGUGUUCUCUUUUCUAACGAUUUCCCCCGAGAUCGCCCACCUAGCCCACAUCGCCCUCUGGAUUCCCCCGAAGCCUGCG